AUGAUGUCAUAACUAUUUGGCAAUUAAGUGAGAAAAUUACUUAUUCUUUUUACUUAUUAGAUAGAUAAAAGGAAUUUCACAAAGAAUUGUCAAAAAAUAGGAGUAAAUAGCUAAAAUCAUAUAAAAUGCUCCACAAAAGCAAAAAUUCUAAAUUAAUAAAGAAAUCAAACUUUCAAAAAUGUUGGAAAACCAAUCCUACCACCAAAAAAUUUUGGAAUCCUAUUCCAAUAAGAAAUGAGUAUUAAAAAAAGUAAAAUUGAGCACUCAAAUUAUAAAAGAUCCCUUAAUUUAUGAA